CUAGCCCGCUGAGAUUGAUCCGCGAGCGGCGGCUUCUGUCUGCAGCUGGCCUAAUGCUUGCGACAGGUUCAGCGGUCUACUUGUAUAGGAAGUAUUACGGCUUCGGUGAGGAUACACAGGCCACCUUGGGAAGCAUGGACCAUGUCACUGUUGAGGACGGUACGUUUACCGAGUUUACAAUGUCCAGACAGCAAUAUUACAUAUUAUAUCAGGAAUAAUCCUAUGUCAAGUGUUCGUCCCAAAUGACACCAUAUUCCCUACUACACUACUUUUGACCAGGGUCUUCGGUCAAAAGUAGCCCAGUGCAUUAAUUAGGGAAUAUGGUGCCAUUUGUUCAAAAGUAGUGUACUAUCUGGCAUUAGUCAAAAGUAGUGCACUACAUAGGGAAUAGGGUACCAUUCGGGAUGUAGAAUUUAUGAUGCCUAGCAAGCCCAGAGGAAAUGUUAAAUUGUUUUUACAGUGUAGCCCAAAUGCUAUGGAAUUCCCCUAUCAAUAACAACAAACAAACACGAGACUUUGAAACCUGUUAAAUUUAGAGAAAAUAAUCCCUGAAAUUGUUUUUUUCAUAAAGAUCAUGAGCCCAUCCUGGAAGAGGAGGACCCAGUCCUUGUUCAGGUAAGAAUAAUCCUAUCAAUAGCCUGGGUGCCAGUCUGUUUCUGCUCUUGCCAAUUCCAUCUGGCAAUGUGAUAUUGGCAUGACAAUCCUAUAAGGAGUUGGCAGAGAACUGAAACAGACUGGCACCCAGGCUAUAAUAAUACUGCUUCAUUAGCAGGAUUGGUUCAAUAACAAUCUGACAUUCGAAGACUUAAAUUGAUCCUGUCUUGUUCCUUAGUAUGUGGAUGAGGAGGUUCGGCAGCGGCCCUGUCUGGCUUUAAUCCCUUGGUCUGGACCCUUGUGUGUUCCUGUCUCUGUAAGUCUAUCCAUUCUGAUACUCUGGUCUUAAGAUGAUAUUAACAUUAACAUCAAGUGACUAGUCUUCUGAAAAACCACAUAACGAAAAUGUCUGUAAACUUAUUCUCUCUUUUUCAUAGCCCAUCACCUCCAAGCCCAAACCAGUCUACUAUCUCACCCGUGCUGGGAGAAUUCUGGUGAGAGAGUUGGCAGUGUUAAACACACAGGUAACCAUUCACAUUAUUAACCAAAGCUCAUCUGAUCUUAUAGGGAGAAUUUCCUUAAUUUGAUGGCUUUACCCUAUUCCCUCUUCUUUUCACAGACUUCCAAAUUGUUUACUGAGGAGCCUACCUUUCACCUCACUGAAGCGGGGAAACUAGUGCUUGAGGAACGGUCAGCACCUGCAGAUAGCCAUUCACAGGUAGCCAAUCACAUAAUUAGAGGUUAAUAGAUUAUUAGUAACUAGUGGUACCCUGCCGUUAUGGGCGGCAAAUCAUUAGUAAUUCAUAAUUUAAUUCAAUGCAAUUCACCCUCCUACAAAUCAAAAAUAUGUUUAUCUGUUUAGCCUUUUGGUUUCUAUAUAAACCAAUAUUCUCAACUCUGGAGCAUUUUAAACUAAAAUCUUUGAGAUCAUGGCACUUGCUUUCUCCUUAAAAUAAAAUAUUGUGAUUUUGUGAUAGGCCUACCCUGAACCAAUGUUAUCCACAUAUAGGCUUAUUAAAAAACAGCCUAGGCAUAGCCGCAGGAAGACCUGGGGAAGAUGUUUAGAGUUGGGGCCGGGUGCUGGGAGGGACUUCAUUAAAUAUUUAUGUAGCCUAACUACAGACAGAUUAGAGUUUUGUAUAAAAAAUAAAAAUCAGAAAUACAUUAUUUACAUACAGUUGAAGUCGGAAGAUUACAUACACUUAGGUUGGAGUCAUUAAAACUUGUUUUUCAACCAUUCCACAAAUUUAUUUUUAACAAACUAUAGUUUUGGCAUGUCGGUUAGGACAUCUACUUUGUGCAUGACACAAGUAAUUUUUCCAACAAUUGUUUACAGACUGAUUAUUUCACUUAUUCACAAUUCCAGUGGGUCAGAAGGUUACAUACACUAAGUUGACUGUGCCUUUAAACAGCUUGGAAAAUUCCAGAAAAUGAUGUCAUGGCUUUAGAAGCUUCUGGUAGGCUAAUUGACAUAUUUUGAGUCAAUUGGAGGUGUACCUGUGGAUGUAUUUCAAGGCCUACCUUCAAACUUGUGCCUCUUUGCUUGACAUCAAGGGAAAAUCAAAAGAAAUCAGCCAAGACCUCAGAAAAAACAUUGUAGACCUCCACAAGUCUGGUUCAUCCUUGGGAGCAAUUUCCAAAUGCCUGAAGGUACCACGUUCAUCUGUACAAACAAUAGUACGCAAGUAUAAACACAGUGGGACCACACAGCCGUCAUACCGCUCAGGAAGGAAACGCGUUCUGUCUCCUAGAGAUGAACGUACUUUGGUGCGAAAAGUGCAAAUCAAUCCCAGAACAACAGAAAAGGACCUUGUGAAGAUGCUGGAGGAAACAGGUACAAAAGUAUCUAUAUCCAGAGUAAAACGAGUCCUAUAUCGACAUAACCUGAAAGGCCGCUCAGCAAGGAAGAAGCAACUGCUCCAAAACCGCCAUAAAAAAGCCAGACUACGGUUUGCAACUGCACAUGGGGACAAAGAUCGUACUUUUUGGAGAAAUGUCCUCUGGUCUGAUUAAACAAAAAUAGAACUGUUUGGCCAUAAUGACCAUUGUUAUGUUUGGUGGAAAAAGGGGGUUGCUUGCAAGCCGAAGAACACCAUCCCAACCGUGAAGCAUGGGGGUGGCAGCAUCAUGCUGUUGGGGUGCUUUGCUGCAGGAGGGACUGGUGCACUUCACAAAAUAGAUGGCAUCAUGAGGAAGGAAAAUUAUGUGGAUAUAUUGAAGCAACAUCUGAAGACAUCAGUCAGGAAGUUAAAGCUUGGUCGCAAAUGGGUCUUCCAAAUGGACAAUGACCCCAAGCAUACUUCCAAAGUUGUGGCAAAAUGGCUUAAGGAUAACAAAGUCAAGGUAUUGGAGUGGCCAUCACAAAGCCCUGACCUCAAUCCUAUAGAAAAUUUGUGGGCAGAAAUGAAAAAGCGUGUGCGAGCAAGGAGGCCUACAAACCUGACUCAGUUACACCAGCUCUGUCAGGAGGAAUGGACCAAAAUUCACCCAACUUAUUGUGGGAAGCUUGUGGAAGGUUACCUGAAACGUUUGAACCAAGUUAAACAUUUUAAAGGCAAUGCUACCAAAUACUAAUUGAGUGUAUGUAAACUUCUGACCCAUUGGGAAUGUGAUGAAAGAAAUAAAAGCUGAAAUAAAUCAUUCUCACUACUAUUAUUCUGACAUUUCACUUUCUUAAAAUAAAGUGGUGAUCCUAACUGACGUAAGACAGGGAAUUUUUACUAGGAUUCAAUGUCAGGAUUUAUGAGUAACUGAGUUUAAAUGUAUUUGGCUACGGUGUAUGUAAACUUCCGACUUCAACUGUACAGUGAGGGAAAAAAGGAUUUGAUCCCCUGCUGAUUUUGUAUGUUUGCCCACUGACAAAGAAAUGAUCAGUCUAUAAUUUUAAUGGUAGAUUUGAACAGUGAGAGACAGAAUAACAACAACAAAAUCCAGGAAAAUGCAUGUCAAAAAUGUUAUAAAUUGAUUUGCAUUUUAAUGAGGGAAAUAAUUAUUUGACCCCCUCUCAAUCAGAAAGAUUUCUGGCUCCCAGGUGUCUUUUAUACAGGUAACGAGCUGAGAUUAGGAGCACAAUCUUAAAGGGAGUGCUCCUAAUCUCAGUUUGUUACCUGUAUAAAAGACACCUGUCCACAGAAGCAAUCAAUCAAUCAGAUUCCAAACUCUCCACCAUGGCCAAGACCAAAGAGCUCUCCAAGGAUGUCAGGGACAAGAUUGUAGACCUACACAAGGCUGGAAUGGGCUACAAGACCAUCGGCAAGCAGCUUGGUGAGAAGGUGACAACAGUUGGUGCGAUUAUUCGCAAAUGGAAGAAACACAAAAUAACUGUCAAUCUCCCUCGGCCUGGGGCUCCAUGCAAGAUCUCACCUUGUGGAGUUGCAAUGAUCAUAAGAAUGGUGAGGAAUCAGCCCAGAACUACACGGGAGGAUAUUGUCAAUGACCUCAAGGCAGCUGGGACCAUAGUCACCAAGAAAACAAUUGGUAACACACUACGCCGUGAAGGACUGAAAUCCUGCAGCGCCCGCAAGGUCCCCCUGCUCAAGAAAGCACAUAUACAGGCCUGUCUAAAGUUUGCCAAUGAACAUCUGAAUGAUUCAGAGGAGAACUGGGUGAAAGUGUUGUGGUCAGAUGAGACCAAAAUGGAGCUCUUUGGCAUCAACUAAACUCGCUGUGUUUGGAGGAGGAGGAAUGCUGCCUAUGACCCCAAGAAUACCAUCACCACCGUCAAACAUGGAGGUGAAAACAUUAUGCUUUGGGGGUGUUUUUCUGCUAAGGGGACAGGACAACUUCACCGCAUCAAAGGGAUGAAGGACGGGGCCAUGUACCGUCAAAUCUUGGGUGAGAACCUCCUUCCCUCAGCCAGGGCAUUGAAAAUGGGUCGUGGAUGGGUAUUCCAGCAUGACAAUGACCCCAAACACACGGCCAAGGCAACAAAGAAGUGGCUCAAGAAGAAGAACAUUAAGGUCCUGGAGUGGCCUAGCCAGUCUCCAGACCUUAAUCCCAUAGAAAAUCUGUGGAGGGAGCUGAAGGUUCGAGUUGCCAAACGUCAGCCUCGAAACCUUAAUGACUUGGAGAAGAUCUGCAAAGAGGAGUGGGACAAAAUCCCUCCUGAGAUGUCUGCAAACCUGGUGGCCAACUACAAGAAACGUCUGACCUCUGUGAUUGCCAACAAGGGUUUUGCCACCAAGUACUAAGUCCUGUUUUGCAGAGGGGUCAAAUAUUUAUUUCCCUCAUUAAAAUGCAAAUCAAUUUAUAACAUUUUUGACAUGCAUUUUUCUUGAUUUUGUUGUUGUUAUUCUGCCUCUCACUGUUCAAACCUACCAUUAAAAUUAUAGACUGAUCAUGUCUUUGUCAGUGGGCAAACGUACAAAAUCAGCAGGGGAUCAAAUACUUUUUUCCCUCACUGUAAGUAUUCAGACCCUUUGCUAUGAGACUCGAAAUUGACCUCAGGUGCAUCCUGUUUCCAUUGAUCAUCCUUGAGAUGUUUUUACAACUUGAUUGGAGUCCACCUGUGGUAAAUUCAAUUGAUUGGACAUGAUUUGGAAAGGCACACACCUGCCUAUAUACGGUACUACAGUUGACAGUGCAUGUCAGAGCAAAAACCAAGCUAUGAGGUCGAAGGAAUUGUUCGUAGAGCUCAGCGACAGGAUUGUGUCUAGGUACAGAUCUGGGGAAGGGUACCAAAACAUUUCUGCAGCAUUGAAGGUCCCCAAGAACAUAGUGGCCUCCAUUAUUGUUAAAUGGAAGAAGUUUGGAACCACCCAGACUCUUCCUAGAACUGGCCGCCCGGCCAAACUGAGCAAUUGGGGGAGAAGGGCCUUGGUCAGGGAGGUGAUUACAAACCCGAUGGUCACUCUAGCUCUAGAGUUCCUCUGUGGAGAUGGGAGAACCUUCCAGAAGGACAACCACCUCUGCAGCACUCCACCAAUCAGGCCUUUAUUGUAGAGUGGCCAGACGGAAGCCACUCCUCAGUAAAAGGCACAUGACAGCCCGCUUGCAGUUUGCCAAAAGGCACUUAAAGACUCUCAGACCAUGAGAAACACGAUUCUCUGCUCUGAUGAAACCAGGCUUGAACUUUUUGGCCUGAAUGCCAAGCGUCACGUCUGGAGGAAACCUGGCACCAUCCCUAUAGUGAAGCAUGGUGGUGGCAGCAUCAUGCUGUUGGGAUGUUUUUCAGCGACAGGGACUGGGAGACUAGUCAGGAUCGAGGCAAAGAUGAAUUGAGCAAAGUACAGAGAGAUCCUUAAUGAAAACCUGCUCCAGAGCGCUCAGGACCUCAGACUGGGGCCAAGGUUCACCUUCCAAGAGGACAAUGACCCUAAGCACACAGCCAAGACAACGCAGGAGUGGCUUCGGGACAAGUCUCUGAAUGUCCUUGAUUGGCCCAGCCAGAGCCCGGACUUGAACCUGAUCGAACAUCGCUAGAGAGACCUGAAAAUAGCUGUGCCACAACGCUCCCCAUCCAACCUGACAGAGCUUGAGAGGAUCUGCAGAGAAGAAUGGGAAAUACUCUCCAAAUACAGGUGUGCCAAGCUUGUAGCGUCAUACCCAAGAAGAUUCGAGGCUGUAAUCGCUGCCAAAGGUGCUUCAACAAAGUACUGAGUUACGGGUCUGAAUACUUAUGUAAAUGUGGUAUUUCAGUUAAAUGUUUUUAAAUAAAUUAGCAGAAAUUUCUAAAAACCUGUUUUUGAUUUGUCAUUAUGGGGUAUUGUGUGUAGAUUGAUGAGGGGAAAAACAAUUUAAUCAAUUUUAGAAUAAGGCUGUAACCUAACAAAAUGUGGAAAAAGUCAAGGUGUCUGAAAACUUCCCGAAGGCGCUGUAUAUUUUUUAUUUUACCCCUUUUUUCAUGUUAUCCAACUGCGAUCCAAUUACAAUCUUGUCUCAUUGCUGCAACGGGCUCGGGAGAGGCGAAGUUCGAGUCAUGCGUAGUCUGAAACAUGACCCGCCAAAAUGUGCUCCUUAACACGGAAGUCAGCCGCACCAAUGUGUCGGAGGAAACACUGUUCAACUUACAACCGAAGUCAGCCUGCAGGCGCCCGGCCCGCCACAAGGAGUCGCUAGAGCGCGAUGAGCCAAGUAAAUCUCCUGUAGUAACCGUGUCAUUCCAAACACAUAAAACAGGAAUAUAAACGAAAAUACAAAACACAGCAGAAUAUAAAAUUGCCAGUGGCAUGUAAGAGGACAUCACGCUUCUUUUGAGCCGAAAAUGAAGUAAAUCGGCGCAAAAUUGUUGGAGGAGAUGUGUUGUAUAGAUAGUACACAUUAACAUGUCCUCUAUCUCUGGUAAGAAUAAUACAUCAUUAUCAAUAGCCUGGGUGCCAGUCUGUUUCUGCUCUCUUGCCAAUUCCCUCGUGGGAAAAUGAUAUUGGCAUGACAAUCGCAUAAGGAGUUGUCAGAGAGCUGAAACAGACUGCAUAAUAGAGGCUGCUGCCUAUAGACAUAGAGUAGAAAUCACUGGCCACUUUAAGAAAUGAAACACUAGCCACUUUAAUAAUGUUUACGUAUCUUGCAUUACUCAUCUCAUAUGUAUAUACUGUAUUCUAUACUAUUCUAUGGUAUCUUAGUCACUUUAAUCAUGUUUACAUAUCUUGCAUUACUCAUCUAAUAUGUAUAUACUGUAUUCUAUACUAUUCUACUGUAUCUUAGUCCAUGCCUCUCUGACAUUGCUCGUCCAUAUAUGUAUUUAUUCUUAAUUCCUUACUUAGAUUUGUGUGUAUUGGGUAUAUGUUGUGAAAUUGUAAGAUAUUACUUGUUAGAUAUUACUGCACUUUCGGAGAUAGAAGCACAAGCAUUUCGCUACACCCUCAAUAACAUCUGCUAAACAUGUGUAUGUGACCAAUACAAUUUGAUUUGGAUUUGAUUUGAUUUUACUGGCACCCAGGCUAUAACAAUACUGCUUCAUUAUCAGGAUUGGUUCAAUAACACUAUCAUUGCAGUGGCCUCCUCUUACGAUCCUCCCUAUACCAGUCUGUCACUUCUAUACCAGUGUAUCAUUCAAACUGACUCUUAAAUUGAUCCUGUCUUGUUCCUUAGUAUGUGGAUGAGGAGGUUCGGCAGCGGCCCUGUCUGGCUUUAAUCCCUUGGUCUGGACCCUUGUGUGUUCCUGUCUCUGUAAGUCUAUCCAUUCUGAUACUCUGGUCUUAAGAUGAUAUUAACAUUAACAUCAAGUGACUAGUCUUCUGAAAAACCACAUAACGAAAAUGUCUGUAAACUUAUUCUCUCUUUUUCAUAGCCCAUCACCUCCAAGCCCAAACCAGUCUACUAUCUCACCCGUGCUGGGAGAAUUCUGGUGAGAGAGUUGGCAGUGUUAAACACACAGGUAACCAUUCACAUUAUUAACCAAAGCUCAUCUGAUCUUAUAGGGAGAAUUUCCUUAAUUUGAUGGCUUUACCCUAUUCCAUCUUCUUUUCACAGACUUCCAAAUUGUUUACUGAGGAGCCUACCUUUCACCUCACUGAAGCGGGGAAACUAGUGCUUGAGGAACGGUCAGCACCUGCAGAUAGCCAUUCACAGGUAGCCAAUCACAUAAUUAGAGGUUAAUAGAUUAUUAGUAACUAGUGGUACCCUGCCGUUAUGGGCGGCAAAUCAUUAGUAAUUCAUAAUUUAAUUCAAUGCAAUUCACCCUCCUACAAAUCAAAAAUAUGUUUAUCUGUUUAGCCUUUUGGUUUCUAUAUAAACCAAUAUUCUCAACUCUGGAGCAUUUUAAACUAAAAUCUUUGAGAUCAUGGCACUUGCUUUCUCCUUAAAAUAAAAUAUUGUGAUUUUGUGAUAGGCCUACCCUGAACCAAUGUUAUCCACAUAUAGGCUUAUUACAAAACAGCCUAGGCAUAGCCGCAGGAAGACCUGGGGAAGAUGUUUAGAGUUGGGGCCGGGUGCUGGGAGGGACUUCAUUAAAUAUUUAUGUAGCCUAACUACAGACAGAUUUAGAGUUUUGUAUAAAAAAUAAAAAUCAGAAAUACAUUAUUUACAUACAGUUGAAGUCGGAAGAUUACAUACACUUAGGUUGGAGUCAUUAAAACUUGUUUUUCAACCACUCCACAAAUUUAUUUUUAACAAACUAUAGUUUUGGCAUGUCGGUUAGGACAUCUACUUUUAGGACAUCUACUUUGUGCAUGACACAAGUAAUUUUUCCAACAAUUGUUUACAGACUGAUUAUUUCACUUAUUCACAAUUCCAGUGGGUCAGAAGGUUACAUACACUAAGUUGACUGUGCCUUUAAACAGCUUGGAAAAUUCCAGAAAAUGAUGUCAUGGCUUUAGAAGCUUCUGAUAGGCUAAUUGACAUAAUUUGAGUCAAUUGGAGGUGUACCUGUGGAUGUAUUUCAAGGCCUACCUUCAAACUUGUGCCUCUUUGCUUGACAUCAAGGGAAAAUCAAAAGAAAUCAGCCAAGACCACAGAAAAAACAUUGUAGACCUCCACAAGUCUGGUUCAUCCUUGGGAGCAAUUUCCAAAUGCCUGAAGGUACCACGUUCAUCUGUACAAACAAUAGUACGCAAGUAUAAACACAGUGGGACCACACAUCCGUCAUACCGCUCAGGAAGGAAACGCGUUCUGUCUCCUAGAGAUGAACGUACUUUGGUGCGAAAAGUGCAAAUCAAUCCCAGAACAACAGCAAAGGACCUUGUGAAGAUGCUGGAGGAAACAGGUACAAAAGUAUCUAUAUCCAGAGUAAAACGAGUCCUAUAUCGACAUAACCUGAAAGGCCGCUCAGCAAGGAAGAAGCAACUGCUCCAAAACCGCCAUAAAAAAGCCAGACUACGGUUUGCAACUGCACAUGGGGACAAAGAUCGUACUUUUUGGAGAAAUGUCCUCUGGUCUGAUUAAACAAAAAUAGAACUGUUUGGCCAUAAUGACCAUCGUUAUGUUUGGUGGAAAAAGGGGGUUGCUUGCAAGCCGAAGAACACCAUCCCAACCGUGAAGCACGGGGGUGGCAGCAUCAUGCUGUUGGGGUGCUUUGCUGCAGGAGGGACUGGUGCACUUCACAAAAUAGAUGGCAUCAUGAGGAAGGAAAAUUAUGUGGAUAUAUUGAAGCAACAUCUCAAGACAUCAGUCAGGAAGUUAAAGCUUGGUCGCAAAUGGGUCUUCCAAAUGGACAAUGACCCCAAGCAUACUUCCAAAGUUGUGGCAAAAUGGCUUAAGGAUAACAAAGUCAAGGUAUUGGAGUGGCCAUCACAAAGCCCUGACCUCAAUCCUAUAGAAAAUUUGUGGGCAGAAAUGAAAAAGCGUGUGCGAGCAAGGAGGCCUACAAACCUGACUCAGUUACACCAGCUCUGUCAGGAGGAAUGGACCAAAAUUCACCCAACUUAUUGUGGGAAGCUUGUGGAAGGUUACCUGAAACAUUUGAACCAAGUUAAACAUUUUAAAGGCAAUGCUACCAAAUACUAAUUGAGUGUAUGUAAACUUCUGACCCAUUGGGAAUGUGAUGAAAUAAAUAAAAGCUGAAAUAAAUCAUUCUCACUACUAUUAUUCUGACAUUUCACAUUCUUAAAAUAAAGUGGUGAUCCGAACUGACGUAAGACAGGGAAUUUUUACUAGGAUUCAAUGUCAGGAUUUAUGAGUAACUGAGUUUAAAUGUAUUUGGCUACGGUGUAUGUAAACUUCCGACUUCAACUGUACAGUGAGGGAAAAAAGGAUUUGAUCCCCUGCUGAUUUUGUACGUUUGCCCACUGACAAAGAAAUGAUCAGUCUAUAAUUUUAAUGGUAGGUUUGAACAGUGAGAGACAGAAUAACAACAACAAAAUCCAGAAAAAUGCAUGUCAAAAAUGUUAUAAAUUGAUUUGCAUUUUAAUGAGGGAAAUAAUUAUUUGACCCCCUCUCAAUCAGAAAGAUUUCUGGCUCCCAGGUGUCUUUUAUACAGGUAACGAGCUGAGAUUAGGAGCACAAUCUUAAAGGGAGUGCUCCUAAUCUCAGUUUGUUACCUGUAUAAAAGACACCUGUCCACAGAAGCAAUCAAUCAAUCAGAUUCCAAACUCUCCACCAUGGCCAAGACCAAAGAGCUCUCCAAGGAUGUCAGGGACAGGAUUGUAGACCUACACAAGGCUGGAAUGGGCUACAAGACCAUCGGCAAGCAGCUUGGUGAGAAGGUGACAACAGUUGGUGCGAUUAUUCGCAAAUGGAAGAAACACAAAAUAACUGUCAAUCUCCCUCGGCCUGGGGCUCCAUGCAAGAUCUCACCUUGUGGAGUUGCAAUGAUCAUAAGAAUGGUGAGGAACCAGCCCAGAACUACACGGGAGGAUAUUGUCAAUGACCUCAAGGCAGCUGGGACCAUAGUCACCAAGAAAACAAUUGGUAACACACUACGCCGUGAAGGACUGAAAUCCUGCAGCGCCCGCAAGGUCCCCCUGCUCAAGAAAGCACAUAUACAGGCCUGUCUAAAGUUUGCCAAUGAACAUCUGAAUGAUUCAGAGGAGAACUGGGUGAAAGUGUUGUGGUCAGAUGAGACCAAAAUGGAGCUCUUUGGCAUCAACUAUACUCGCCGUGUUUGGAGGAGGAGGAAUGCUGCCUAUGACCCCAAGAAUACCAUCCCCACCGUCAAACAUGGAGGUGAAAACAUUAUGCUUUGGGGAUGUUUUUCUGCUAAGGGGACAGGACAACUUCACCCCAUCAAAGGGAUGAAGGACGGGGCCAUGUACCGUCAAAUCUUGGGUGAGAACCUCCUUCCCUCAGCCAGGGCAUUGAAAAUGGGUCGUGGAUGGGUAUUCCAGCAUGACAAUGACCCCAAACACACGGCCAAGGCAACAAAGAAGUGUCUCAAGAAGAAGAACAUUAAGGUCCUGGAGUGGCCUAGCCAGUCUCCAGACCUUAAUCCCAUAGAAAAUCUGUGGAGGGAGCUGAAGGUUCGAGUUGCCAAACGUCAGCCUCGAAACCUUAAUGACUUGGAGAAGAUCUGCAAAGAGGAGUGGGACAAAAUCCCUCCUGAGAUGUCUGCAAACCUGGUGGCCAACUACAAGAAACGUCUGACCUCUGUGAUUGCCAACAAGGGUUUUGCCACCAAGUACUAAGUCCUGUUUUGCAGAGGGGUCAAAUAUUUAUUUCCCUCAUUAAAAUGCAAAUCAAUUUAUAACAUUUUUGACAUGCAUUUUUCUUGAUUUUGUUGUUGUUAUUCUGCCUCUCACUGUUCAAACCUACCAUUAAAAUUAUAGACUGAUCAUGUCUUUGUCAGUGGGCAAACGUACAAAAUCAGCAGGGGAUCAAAUACUUUUUCCCCCUCACUGUAAGUAUUCAGACCCUUUGCUAUGAGACUCGAAAUUGACCUCAGGUGCAUCCUGUUUCCAUUGAUCAUCCUUGAGAUGUUUUUACAACUUGAUUGGAGUCCACCUGUGGUAAAUUCAAUUGAUUGGACAUGAUUUGGAAAGGCACACACCUGCCUAUAUAAGGUACUACAGUUGACAGUGCAUGUCAGAGCAAAAACCAAGCUAUGAGGUCGAAGGAAUUGUUCGUAGAGCUCAGCGACAGGAUUGUGUCUAGGUACAGAUCUGGGGAAGGGUACCAAAACAUUUCUGCAGCAUUGAAGGUCCCCAAGAACACAGUGGCCUCCAUUAUUGUUAAAUGGAAGAAGUUUGGAACCACCCAGACUCUUCCUAGAACUGGCCGCCCGGCCAAACUGAGCAAUUGGGGGAGAAGGGCCUUGGUCAGGGAGGUGUUUACAAACCCGAUGGUCACUCUGACAGAGCUCUAGAGUUCCUCUGUGGAGAUGGGAGAACCUUCCAGAAGGACAACCAUCUCUGCAGCACUCCACCAAUCAGGCCUUUAUUGUAGAGUGGCCAGACGGAAGCCACUCCUCAGUAAAAGGCACAUGACAGCACGCUUGCAGUUUGCCAAAAGGCACUUAAAGACUCUCAGACCAUGAGAAACACGAUUCUCUGCUCUGAUGAAACCAGGCUUGAACUUUUUGGCCUGAAUGCCAAGCAUCACGUCUGGAGGAAACCUGGCACCAUCCCUAUAGUGAAGCAUGGUGGUGGCAGUAUCAUGCUGUGGGGAUGUUUUUCAGCGACAGGGACUGGUAGACUAGUCAGGAUCGAGGCAAAGAUGAAUUGAGCAAAGUACAGAGAGAUCCUUAAUGAAAACAUGCUCCAGAGCGCUCAGGACCUCAGACUGGGGCCAAGGUUCACCUUCCAACAGGACAAUGACCCUAAGCACACAGCCAAGACAACGCAGGAGUGGCUUCGGGACAAGUCUCUGAAUGUCCUUGAUUGGCCCAGCCAGAGCCCGGACUUGAACCUGAUCGAACAUCGCUAGAGAGACCUGAAAAUAGCUGUGCCACAACGCUCCCCAUCCAACCUGACAGAGCUUGAGAGGAUCUGCAGAGAAGAAUGGGAAAUACUCUCCAAAUACAGGUGUGCCAAGCUUGUAGCGUCAUACCCAAGAAGAUUCGAGGCUGUAAUCGCUGCCAAAGGUGCUUCAACAAAGUACUGAGUUACGGGUCUGAAUACUUAUGUAAAUGUGGUAUUUCAGUUAAAUGUUUUUAAAUAAAUUAGCAGAAAUGUCUAAAAACCUGUUUUUGCUUUGUCAUUAUGGGGUAUUGUGUGUAGAUUGAUGAGGGGAAAAACAAUUUAAUCAAUUUUAGAAUAAGGCUGUAACCUAACAAAAUGUGGAAAAAGUCAAGGUGUCUGAAAACCUUCCGAAGGCGCUGUAUAUUUUUUAUUUUACCCCUUUUUUCAUGUUAUCCAAUUGCGAUCCAAUUACAAUCUUGUCUCAUUGCUGCAACGGGCUCGGGAGAGGCGAAGUUCGAGUCAUGCGUAGUCUGAAACAUGACCCGCCAAACUGUGCUCCUUAACACGGAAGUCAGCCGCACCAAUGUGUCGGAGGAAACACUGUUCAACUUACAACCGAAGUCAGCCUGCAGGCGCCCGGCCCGCCACAAGGAGUCGCUAGAGCGCGAUGAGCCAAGUAAAUCUCCUGUAGUAACCGUGUCAUUCCAAACACAUAAAACAGGAAUAUAAACGAAAAUACAAAACACAGCAGAAUAUAAAAUUGCCAGUGGCAUGUAAGAGGACAUCACGCUUCUUUUGAGCCGAAAAUGAAGUAAAUCGGCGCAAAAUUGUUGGAGGAGAUGUGUUGUAUAGAUAGUACACAUUAACAUGUCCUCUAUCUCUGGUAAGAAUAAUACAUCAUUAUCAAUAGCCUGGGUGCCAGUCUGUUUCUGCUCUCUUGCCAAUUCCCUCGUGGGAAAAUGAUAUUGGCAUGACAAUCGCAUAAGGAGUUGUCAGAGAGCUGAAACAGACUGCAUAAUAGAGGCUGCUGCCUAUAGACAUAGAGUAGAAAUCACUGGCCACUUUAAGAAAUGAAACACUAGCCACUUUAAUAAUGUUUACGUAUCUUGCAUUACUCAUCUCAUAUGUAUAUACUGUAUUCUAUACUAUUCUAUGGUAUCUUAGUCACUUUAAUCAUGUUUACAUAUCUUGCAUUACUCAUCUAAUAUGUAUAUACUGUAUUCUAUACUAUUCUACUGUAUCUUAGUCCAUGCCUCUCUGACAUUGCUCGUCCAUAUAUGUAUUUAUUCUUAAUUCCUUACUUAGAUUUGUGUGUAUUGGGUAUAUGUUGUGAAAUUGUAAGAUAUUACUUGUUAGAUAUUACUGCACUUUCGGAGAUAGAAGCACAAGCAUUUCGCUACACCCUCAAUAACAUCUGCUAAACAUGUGUAUGUGACCAAUACAAUUUGAUUUGGAUUUGAUUUGAUUUUACUGGCACCCAGGCUAUAACAAUACUGCUUCAUUAUCAGGAUUGGUUCAAUAACACUAUCAUUGCAGUGGCCUCCUCUUGCGAUCCUCCCUAUACCAGUCUGUCACUUCUAUACCAGUGUAUCAUUCAAACUGACUCUUAAAUUGAUCCUGUCUUGUUCCUUAGUAUGUGGAUGAGGAGGUUCGGCAGCGGCCCUGUCUGGCUUUAUUCCCUUGGUCUGGACCCUUGUGUGUUCCUGUCUCUGUAAGUCUAUCCAUUCUGAUACUCUGGUCUUAAGAUGAUAUUAACAUUAACAUCAAGUGACUAGUCUUCUGAAAAACCACAUAACGAAAAUGUCUGUAAACUUAUUCUCUCUUUCUCUGCUUUGCCCUCCUCCAGACCACCUCUUCUGCCCUGAAAGGUGUCAUCCAGUUGGGCAUCAUCCACACAUUGGGCAGCCUGUGCCAGAGGCAAAAGAGAGAUGUACUCUUCAAGGACUUUGAAGAUGUGGAGAGCAGCUCCUUCCCCAGGUGUGUGUGGUUGGUUGAUGGAGAGGGAGGUAUAGAGGGAGUAGGAUAUAUUAUCAGAAGCAAACAUGUAGGGGUUUCUAUUAUGUUUUAAUGUCAAUAUUGCAUUCUGAACAAGUGUAGCUUGUAGGCUUGGGCGGUAUCCAGUUUUUCAUAUCGUCAUACCGUCCUUCUCUCGUUCCGGGAUUUACGGUAUUACCGGCAUAAGGGGCCGCUAAAAAACGCAAGGAAAGCCCGUUGGUCCUCUAUUACCAGAAUGUUAACAAAAUGUGCACAAACUAAUAGCGAAAUCACAUAGACGCUGUUACUGUAGCUAAAUGCUAACGACUGAAAUUGAACAUAAACUAAUUGCAAAGACAGGCAAAUCCAGUACAUAAAGUUAUACAAGCAUAGCUAGUAGCUACCGAAUAUCAUUUUCGGCGAGCGUGGACAUUUACAAGCGAAAGUGAAUAAGAGAAAUUGUGCAAAUAAUCAAAGUUGUGAUGCAUGGUUUUCUGAAGGAAGAGCAGCAUGUGUACAUGGAGCAGAUAAGAGAAGAACGGAGGAGGAAAAAAAACGCUACUAGGAAGCACAGGGAGAAAAUGGCAGCUGUACAGAUACCUCAUCCAGAGCUCUUUGACUUCUGGCAGAAAGCCAUUAUAAGAAAUCUUAUAUCAAAUAUUUAGUAGUGAAUUGCAUAAUGUGUUCUGCACAACAGAGACUCGCCGAUAGAUAUAGAACACUAUGGACUCACCAGCUCGCUUUCUCCCAUUGUGCUAUUUACAAACAAACUAGUGACUGGCUCAACUGUUCUGGGGAAUUACGGUAAUACAGUGAGGGAAAAAAGUAUUUGAUCCCCUGCUGAUUUUGUAUGUUUGCCCACUGACAAAGAAAUGAUCAGUCUAUAAUUUUUAUGGUAGGUGUAUUUGAACAGUGAGAGACAGAAUAACAACAAAAAAAUCCAGAAAAACGCAUGUGUCACGAUCGUUUACGGACGAGAAGGACCAAGGCGCAGCGUGACAUGCAUUCAUAUUUAUUUACGUACUGAACACACGACAAAACAACAAACGAAACGUGAAGUCCAAGGUAGACAAAUAACAUACCUCACACGGAACAAGAUCCCACACCCCACUAGUGCCAACAGGCUACCUAAGUAUGGUCCCCAAUCAGAGACAACGAGCUACAGCUGCCUCUGAUUGGGAACCACCCUGGCCAACAUAGAUCUAAACGAUCUACAAACUAACAUAGACACCCAACACAGAAAAUACACACCCUGACUCAACAAAUACAAGUCCCUAGAGUCAGGGCGUGACAGUACCCCCCCCCCCCCCCCAAAGGUGCGGACUCCGACCGCGCCACAUAAACCUAACAGGGUAGGGGCCGGGUGGGCAUUCCACCUCGGAGGCGGAUCCGGCUCCGGGUGUGACCACCACUUACUCUCCACCUCCCCGUUGCGCCCCUGGUCUGGUCUGGACCUCGGCGCGCUGACUGGAGCUGGACCCGACGACGGUGGAUCGAACUGCUCUGGCUCCGGGGUGGAGCUGCUGACCGGAGCUGGAUCAGGCACCGGUGGAGCGGACUGCUCUGGCUCCGGAGUGGAGCCGCUGACCGGGGCUGGACUGGACCCCGGUGGAGCGGAUUGCUCUGGCUCCGGAGUGGAGCAGCUGACCGGUGCCGGACCAGGCACCGGUGGAACAGGCACGGGCCGUGCCGGACUGGACACACGCACCACUGGCUUGGUGCGGGGAGCAGGAACGGGCCAGACCUGGCUGAUGACGCGCACCCCUGGCUUGGUGCGGGGAGCAGGAACGGGCCGGACUGGGCUGACGACGCGCACCACUGGCCUGGUGCGGGGAGCAGGAACGGGCCGGACUGGGCUGACGACGCGCACCACUGGCCUGGUGCGGGGAGCAGGAACGGGACGGACUGGGCUGACGACGCGCACCACUGGCUUGGUGCGGGGAGCAGGAACGGGCCGGACUGGGCUGACGACGUGCACCACUGGCUUGGUGCGGGGAGCAGGAACGGGCCGGACCGGACUGGCGACGCGCACCACUGACUUGGUGCGAGGGACAGGAACAGGUCGGACCGGGCUGGCGACGCGCACCACUGACUUGGUGAGAGGGACAGGAACAGGCCGGACCGGGCUGGCGAUGCGCACCACUGGCUUGAUGCGAGGAGCAGGAACGGGCCGAACCAUACUGGGAACACCCACCAUUGGCUUAGUGCGGGAAUCAGGAACGGGCCGGACCGGACUGGCGACACGCACCACUUGAUUGGUGCGAGGAGCGGGACUGGGUUCCUUCAUUAACCCCCUGCUCCUUCUGCUGCCUAACCAGCUCCUCUCGCCGUGCCUCUUUCCUUCUGUUCCCUCUGAACCAAUGACCCCCUUAAUCUGGCGGCCUCCUCUGCUAAACGGCUGAACUGCUCUAUCGCGGCCUCCUGCUGCCUCGUCGUCCACGGCGUGAGCCCCCCCCCUAAACAUUUUUUGGGCUUGUCUCUCCCCCGUGAUCAUGGCCUCGAUCCCUCUUGCCAGACUCUCGCUCAUCUCCUCCCAAGUCCAUCCUCUCUCCUCGUCACGCUGCUUGAUCCAGGAUUGGUGGGAUCUUCUGUCACGAUCGUUUACGGACGAGAAGGACCAAGGCGCAGCGUGAUAUGCAUUCAUAUUUAUUUACGUACUGAACACACGACAAAACAACAAACGAAACGUGAAGUCCAAGGUAGACAAAUAACAUACCUCACACGGAACAAGAUCCCACACCCCACUAGUGCCAACAGGCUACCUAAGUAUGGUCCCCAAUCAGAGACAACGAGCUACAGCUGCCUCUGAUUGGGAACCACCCUGGCCAACAUAGAUCUAAACGAUCUAGAAACUAACAAACACACCCAACACAGAAAAUACACACCCUGACUCAACAAAUACAAGUCCCUAGAGUCAGGGCGUGACAGCAUGUCAAAAAUGUUAUAAAUUGAUUUGCAUUUUAAUGAGGGAAAUAAGUAUUUGACCCCCUCUCAAUCAGAAAGAUUUCUGGCUCCCAGGUGUCUUUUAUACAGGUAACGAGCUGAGAUUAGGAGCACACUCUUAAAGGGAGUGCUCCUAUUCUCAGCUUGUUACCUGUAUAAAAGACACCUGUCCACAAAGCAAUCAAUCAAUCAGAUUCCAAACUCUCCACCGUGGCCAAAACCAAAGAGCUCUCCAAGGAUGUCAGGGACAAGAUUGUAGACCUACACAAGGCUGGAAUGGGCUACAAGACCAUCGGCAAGCAGCUUGGUGAGAAGGUGACAACAGUUGGUGCGAUUAUUCGCAAAUGGAAGAAACACAAAAUAACUGUCAAUCUCCCUCGGCCUGGGGCUCCAUGCAAGAUCACACCUCGUGGAGUUGCAAUGAUCAUGAGAAUGGUGAAGAAUCAGCCCAGAACUACACGGGAGGAUCUUGUCAAUGAUCUCAAGGCAGCUGGUACCAUAGUCACCAAGAAAACAAUUGGUAACACACUACGCCGUGAAGGACUGAAAUCCUGCAGCGCCUGCAAGGUCCCCCUGCUCAAGAAAGCACAUAUACAGGCCCGUCUGAAGUUUGCCAAUGAACAUCUGAAUGAUUCAGAGGAGAACUGGGUGAAAGUGUUGUGGUCAGAUGAGACCAAAAUGGAGCUCUUUGGCAUCAACUCAACUCGCCGUGUUUGGAGGAGGAGGAAUGCUGCCUAUGACCCCAAGAACACCAUCCCCACCGUCAAACAUGGAGGUGGAAGCAUUAUGCUUUGGGGGUGUUUUUCUGCUAAGGGGACAGGACAACUUCACCGCAUCAAAGGGACGAUGGAUGGGGCCAUGUACCGUCAAAUCUUGGGUGAGAACCUUCCCUCAGCCAGGGCAUUGAAAAUGGGUCGUGGAUGGUUAUUCCAGCAUGACAAUGACCCCAAACACACGGCCAAGGCAACAAAGGAGUGGCUCAAGAAGAAGCACAUUAAGGUCCUGGAGUGGCCUAGCCAGUCUCCAGACCUUAAUCCCAUAGAAAAUCUGUGGAGGGAGCUGAAGGUUUGAGUUGCCAAAUGUCAGCCUCGAAACCUUAAUGACUUGGAGAAGAUCUGCAAAGAGGAGUGGAACAAUAUCCCUCCUGAGAUGUGUGCAAACCUGGUGGCCAACUACAAGAAACCUCUGACCUCUGUGAUUGCCAACAAGGGUUUUGCCACCAAGUACUUAUUUCCCUCAUUAAAAUGCAAAUCAAUUUAUAACAUUUUUGACAUGCAUUUUUCUGGAUUUUGUUGUUGUUAUUCUAUCUCUCACUGUUCAAAUAAACCUACAAUUAAAAUUAUAGACUGAUCAUGUCUUUGUCAGUGGGCAAACGUACAAAAUCAGCAGGGGAUCAAAUACUUUUUUCCCUCACUCUAUAUAUAAUGUAAAAUAAUGUCAUGGGUGAAAUGAAGAACGCAAUCUGCUUAAUCUCCUAACAUAUUGCACAAGUUGACUGCAGGUAUUAACUUAAAAGUAGCUACAAAUAUAUCAACGUCAAAGAAAUAGUAUUGACGGUAUUGAAAAAUCAUCCCGUAGCUUUUUUCUAAUACCCCGGUAUACGGUAUACACGGUAUACCGACCAAGCCUAGUAGAAUGUGUGAAAUAAACAAGUAAAUUCAUGUUCUCUCCUGCAUGUCUGUCUGUCUGUCUCCUAUUAAUCCCACUGCACUAUUCUUCUUCAGUAAGGGCAGUAACCUGACCCCAGCCCACCACUAUGGUGACUUCAGGUUCAAUGCUUACGCUCCCCUCGGCUUUCGCUACCUCAGGGAGAUGUUUGGCAUCCGGGCCGAAGAUUACCUGGUACUACACACUCUCAACCCACCUUGCUGUCCUCUGUCUGUUACUUGAAGCCAAAUGAGGAGAGAAAAUAAUUGAGGCUGCGUCCCAAAUUGCACCCUAUUCCCUAUAUAGUGCGCUUCUUUUGAUAUGAGAUCUGGUCAAAAGUAUUGGACUAAAUAGGGACUAGGUUACCAUUUGGAAUGCACACACCGAAAGUAGGACAGUAAAGCAACAGUGGAGUAUGAAUGAUAUCAAUGGGGAAUUAAUUGAUGGGAAUGUGAAUACAGGAGGUGGAAUUGUCUAUUUAACUAACGUGUAAUUAAUCACUGUUUUGUUUGCAGUACUCUCUGGGUAAUGAGGAUCUGAUUGAGCUGUCCAACUCUGGAGCCAGUGGAUCUCAGUUCUAUGUCUCCAGCGAUGAUCAGUUCCUCAUUAAGACUGUGCAGCACAAAGAGGCUAAGUUCUUACAACAACUACUGCCUGGCUACUUCAUGGUAAGAGAUGGAGUUUGUGGGCUCGUUUUUGAUCCAAUGUGUACCUUAUGUUUUGUGCUUUGAGUUACAGUACCAAGUUAAUCUCGUUACUCAAUUCAAGCUUUGGCUUCAAUGUCUUCCUGGUUUAUUCUCUAUGUUUUGUUCUACACUAAUAUACCAGUAAUAACGUGGAUUUGAUUGAUAUACUUACACUCACUCUCCUUUCCCCUAUCCUCCUCUCUAGAACCUACACCAGAACAAGAGAACAUUGCUGCCUAAGUUCUACGGUCUGUACUGCAUCCAGGCGGGGGGCAAGAACAUCUGCAUCGUUGUCAUGAACAACCUGCUUCCGCACACCGUGCGCAUGCACCUCAAGUACGACCUGAAGGGCUCCACCUAUAAGAGACGGGCCUCAGCUAAGGAGCGGGACAAGGCCGUGCCCACCUUCAAAGACCUGGACUUCAUCCAGGACCUGCCUGAUGGACUGCUGCUGGAGGCAGACAACUACAACGCCCUCAGCGAGACCAUCAAGAGAGACUGCCUGGUGAGGGAAAGCGACUGCAUCCCAAAUGGCACCAAUUCCCUAUAUAGUGCACUACUUUUGAACAGGGUCUAUAGGGUUAUUUUAGUGGGAUGGAAAUGACGCUGAGAAGUGUCAUACAUUUUUUAUGUAACUGUCCAGUGUUUCCAGAUUUCUAUGAAAAAUGACCUAUAAAUUACAAUAUUAGUGAAAUAGUUUUCCUUCCAGAAAAUGGUAAAUAAGUAUGUUAAAAAGCUGCUUUUCUUUUUUUGAAUGGUGUGGGCGUACCCCAACUGCAGAAUGGUGUGGGCGUAUACUGGUCAUUAACAAUAUUCACGCAAGUAGACCGCUGAUUGGCCAGCUCAACCAAUGAGCCAACAUGACAUGAUGUUCUAUGAGGAAAUAGCAAGUGUUUUUGAAACGGUCUGUUUGAGAUACAAGUUAAAGGUGGGUUUUUUAAAGUGUUUUUUUAUGAGUAUAGGACGAGUCAACAACAUUAUUUGGGUAUGAGUUCACAGAAUAUGCACUUUUAAAAGUGAGAUUUUCACUGGACAGUUACUUUAAUGAUUGUGCUAACAUAUUUCCAUCACGUAUCAUUUUGUAGUUGACUUGAACUUGGUCACCUACUGUUGGUGCAUGCUAUACUAACCCUACUGCAUUUCUCUCAUCUUCCCUGAGAUACUCCAUCACCACUUGUCUGUUUGUCUCUGAGUCCAGGGGCCGUAUGUAGCAAACUUCUCAGAGUAGGAGUGCAGAUCUAGAAUCAGGUCCAACUGUCCAUAUAAUCGUAUUCCCAUGACUGUAAAUGAAUGGACAAAACCAUCGAUCACAUAACAUAAUUCAUUCCUAUGUGAAGACUCAAUAGCGCAUUUGAAGCCAAGGAAGUCGGUUAAGAUGGUGUCUCAUGGAGACACAACAUGGGCAAUUUGAGCUAGUCCAGGAAGUGACGUUGCAGGCUAGCUCAGUGCUAGCUUUCAUUUAGUAUCUCAAGUUGAAGGCCGACCGGGGUACUGCAGGCUGCCAUUAGCAAUGAAAUUAUUCUUGUUAUCCUGUGUGCGAUUUAAAAAUAAUUGGUUCAAGGAUAUACAUCUGGUGUAAUAGAAGCAAUUAUUGGUACCAUGAUUGUCUUAGAUUUUUGUUUUUUUAUACACGAAGAUUGCCAUUUUCCCAUUCACUAUAAUGGGGAUCCUGUUUUCUGAAAACAAUGACUGCAGUACCGUGGUCAGGCUUGAACUUUGUGGCUCAAAUGAGAGUGGGCAGUCGUUCUCCCCUGUCUUAUUCCUUAUAAUCGUAAAGGCUAACCUGAUCCUAAAUUGGUACUCACUGUUUGUCUCUUGAGCCCUGACUCCUUUAUCUCUUUGUCCCAUAUACAGAGCCUUCAGGAAGUAUUCAUACCCCAUUACUUAUUCCACAGUGUGUUAUGUUACAGCCUGAAUUCAAAAUGGAUUCAAUAUAUUUUUUUCUCACCCAUCUACACACAAUACCCCAAAAUGACAAAGUGAAAACAGGUUUUUACAAAUAUUUGCAGAAAUAUCUCAUUUACAUAAGUAUUCACACCCCUGAGUCAAUUCUUUGUAGAAGCACCUUUGGCAGCGAUUACAGCUGUGAGUCUUUCUGGGUCUCUAAGAGCUUCCCACACCUGGAUUAUGCAACAUUUGCCCAUUAUUAUUUUCAAAAUUCUUCAAGCUCUGUAAAAUUGGUUCAUGCCGAAGUCCCUAAGUGGUUUCCUUCCUCUCUGGCAACUGAGAGCAAAUGCUUAUUCCUGAACAUAUUUAGGCUUGCCAUAACAUAGGGGUUGAAUACUUAUUUACUCAAGACAUUUCAGCUUUUCAUUUUUUAUUCAUUUGUAAAAAAAAUAAUAAUUGAAAAACAUAAUUCCACUUUGACAUUAUGGGGUAUUGUGUGUAGGCCAGUGAUAAAAGAAAAAUCUCAAUUUAAUCCAUUUUAAAUUCAGGCUGCAACACAACAAAAUGUGGAAAAAGUCAAGGGGUAUGAAUACUUUCUGAAUGUACUGUAACUUCUGCAGUGCUUUAAGAUCAUGGACUACAGCCUGUACAUGCUUUACCAAGCCUACUGUAUGUCACUCAUUUUCCCUGGUGUACUCCUCCAUCCCACUUCGCUGUGUCUCUGACCCCUGCAUUUUGUUCCUCUUCUCCUCCUGUAGCUGCUGCAGAGCUUUGAGAUCAUGGACUACAGCCUGCUGGUGGGGAUCCACAACCUGGAGCGGGCAGCUCGGGAGCAGGCUGGAGAGAAGGCAGGAGGGGCUGCAGACCAGAGGAGGCCCCGUCUGCAGAUCCAGAAGUCCCUCUACUGCGCCACCAUAGAGGCCAUCCAGGGAGAGGUGCACAGCAAGGGAGCCCUGGACACUGAGGACCAGUGAGUAUCCACUUUACAGUCCGCACACAUCUCAGUUCAGCUAGUCGGUUCAGUUGUUUGAGUAUUUAGUGUAAUAGGAUUUGAAAGCUGACCUGUCCAGUUGAGGAAAAUAUGUGUUGGUCCAUAAUAUGAUCCGAGGUUGACCCUGUAUGUUUUUGCAGCAUGGGGGGUAUCCCAGCAUGCAACUCCAAGGGGGAGAGGAUGCUAGUGUAUAUCGGCAUAAUCGACAUUCUGCAGUCCUACAGGUAACCACUGCUCUGACUGUACAUGGAGGUCUAUUGGUAGUUUUGUCUGUGUUUGUGUCUGUCUGAUGUGUCACGCCCUGGCUCUGGGGACUCUUAAAUGUUGAGCCAGGGUGUGGAUUUUUCUAUGUUUAGUUUUCUAUGUUUUUUGUUCUAGAUCGUUUAGAUCUAUGUUGGCCAGAGUGGUUCCCAAUAAGAGGCAGCUGUAGCUCGUUGUCUCUGAUUGGGGACCAUACUUAGGCAGCCUGUUGGCACCAGUUAGUUUGUGGGAUCUUGUUCCGUUAAGGUUUGUUUUGUGUAACCUAGGACUUCACGUUUCGUUUGUUUGUUGUUUUGUCGUGAGUAAAGUACUUAAUAAAAUGUACACUUAUCACGCUGCGCCUUGGUUCGACCAAUCUUUAAACGAUCGUGACAUGAUGGGCUAUGCUAUAUGAAACUGUGAAUACAUUAGGUCCGUAGUAACCCAUGUCCUGUGUUUUUGCUCAGAUUUGUGAAGAAGAUUGAACACUCAUGGAAAGCUCUGGUCCACGACGGGGUAAGACAACAGACAGGCUAUCCUGAUGCCUCUGUGGUGACCUCUUUAUGAAUAUUAACACAAGCAUUUCACUACACCCGCAAUAACAUCUGCUAAAUAUGUGUAUGUGACCAAUAACAUUUGAUUUGAUAUUAGUAUUAUUCUACAUACUGUAAGUGUAUACACUACUGUAUAUUAGUGUGACUUGAAACCCUCUCUUUUCUCCCAGGAUACAGUGUCAGUACACAGACCAAGCUUCUACUCAGACCGCUUUCAGCGGUUCAUCUGCAAUACGGUCUUUAAAAAUAUUCCAUGUAAGUGCUUGAGUGUUACUCUAUGAAACCUCUCGUUUUACGCUAUGGCUGUAUUUCGAUUUUCUUCCCUUCUAAAGUGUGCACUCCCCCUCAUGUAUUUGAAAGGAAUGGACUGAUGUGAAGAAUAUGGUGGGAAACUCCUUCCAGCCAUGCUUGCACCAAUCCAAUGCUUUUAAAUACAUGAGGGGGAGUGAAUGAGUGCACACUUCAGAAAAAGGGAAGAGAACAGGAAAGCAGCCAGAGUAGAAGUAAUCUCACCCCUCACUUCUUAUUUAUAUUUAUUACAUAUUUGACGUUACAUUAUGAUAGUUUGUGUUUUAAUGAUGUUGUGAAGCUUAACAUGCCAAAUAAAUUUCCCAAGCUUGAGAUAAUAAACGACUUCUAAUCUAAUCUCCCUCUCCCCCUCCAGUGAAGACGUCCCCAUCUAAGACGAGCCAAGUAGGGACCGAGGGGGGCCUACGGAGGGCCAAUACAGCCGGGUCCAGAACCUCUCCAUUCUCCCAGCCCAGCAGCAGCAGCCUAGGUGUUCCACACAGCCCAGAGACAGAGACAGAGGGACAGACAGAGACAGAGGGAGACAUC